AUGGAACAAGCCUGUCAAGAUUUAGAGGAGAAGGCAACUGAGAGCCUCAUGGGUGCUGCCAAGAUGGGUGAAGGGUGUGGAGAUACUGAGGAAGGGGCAGAUGAGGAUCUCGUGAAUGCUGCCAAAAUGGAACAAGCCCAUCAAGAUUUAGAGGAGGAAGCAGCAGAGAGUCUCAUGGGUGCUGCCAAGAUGGGCAUAGAAUGUGGUGAGAUUGAGGAAGAGGCAGAUGAUAGUGUCGUGGAUUCUGCUGACAUUGCCCCAGCAUGUGGAAAUGAGGAGGAAGGGGCAGCUGAGAGUCACGUGAAUGUUGCCAAGAUGGAAGAAGCCCAUGAAGAUUUAGAGGAGGCGGCAACUGAGAGGCAGCUGGGUGCUGCCGAGGUGGACAAAGACUGUGAAGAUGAGGAGGAAGGAUCAGCUGAGACUCUCGUGAAUGUUCAAAGGUGGAACAAGCCCCUAGAGAUCUAG